AUUACAGAAAAAAACGAGAUAGAGAUAGAGAGAGAGGAAAAAUAAAUGGGUGCAACUCGAGAGACGGAGAAAAAUGGAGCAGAUAAAAGAGUCUCGGCCACCAUUCGAGCAAAUACCGAGAGCUGUCUCUAAUGGCAAAAUCCACUCUCACUCUCUCUUGACAACUUGCUAUUACACUAGACUUGAAUAAAACCAAGAGUUUCUGGAAUCCUCUUUCAUUCUCCAACGCUGCCUUCUACUCCCUCCUCCUCUUCUUCACUUCUGGAGACUCUUUUCCUGGCCACCUAGGGUUAGUACUCGCUUCUCAUGGUUCCCUGAGGUUUCCGUUUCUUAAAUUUUUUCCAUUCCUAUUAGGCAUAGCACCGUAAGAUCUCCUGCUGUGUUGUUUUGGAGUUCUGCUGAUCUUCCUCCCCUCAUUUUCUAAAUUUUAGCUGCUGUGGCAAACCGUCAUAACAGUGUAGUUAAUGGAAAGCUUUCGUGGGUUUAACAAUGCUGAUGUUGGCUCUACUAUGAGAAAGAAGAGGAGUAGUCGCAGACCCCACCCUGAUUCACAGGCAUUACUACAGAGACUUAAUUUAUUUCCAUCAUCCACACAACCUUUCUGCGAUGGAAGACACGAUGAAAACAAGAAUUCUAGCAAUACGAUAGUUGUUUCUGAUGGAUUAGGGACUAGGAACAAGCUAAAAAAACUUAAGCUUAAGGUUGGCGGUGUGACUCACACAAUUCACACCAAGUAUGGCAGCGACUUUAGAGGUGAUUCCCUGGCCACAAAUUUUUCUCAGUAUUUUGAUGGCCCCAAGCAUCAUGACAAGCAGCUACUUCAGGAUAAUAUAGAUGGCAAUCAUGUCGGCAAGGGCAAUGGCCUUAAAGUCAAAAGGAAGGGUUUUUCACAAAUUCAUUGUAAUUACAGAAAGGAAUUUACUUCGAGGGGGAUGACCUCUGGGGGAAGUCCUUCUAUUUAUGAGCCGGUUCGUAAGAGCAAGCGGGUUCCUAAAAGACGUGUCUUGGAUCUAGCAAUUGAGGAUAAUGAUGAUGAAGAUGAGGAACUCCGAUAUCUUGGGAGACUGAAUGCUUCUCAAAUUUCUGAAGAUUAUGAAGAUGAGAAGUGUAGUCAAAUGGCUGAUGCCAUGUAUGGUGAUGAUGUGGAGUACUUUGGAUCACCAAGAUCAGGUACAGAUGGUAGACAGCUGUUAAGAUCAGAGAACUCGUACGAGGAUAAUGAAUAUAAGGAAGAAGAAAAAAGAGCAACCUCAGAUGUUGAACUUGAAUGUCCGGGAAACAAGUUGAAAAGGGGAUCUCUUGAUUUACUUUUCCAAGGAAGAAAUGUAUCCAUUCCCAUUACACGAAAUCGGGCACUUCAAUCUGGAGAGGAUGUUUUAUCUGGAUCUGCUGUAUGUCAUACCGACCUCUCAAAUUGUGCUCCAUCUAGAACCAAAAAGGAUAAACUUUCCGAGGUAGAACAGCAAUGUAGAAGAGCUGAGGCUGCACAGAGACGUAAAAUGCAAUCAGAGAAAGCUGCUAGGGAGGCUGAGGCUGAGGCAAUCAGAAAAAUACUCGGUCAAGAUUCUGGAAGAAAGAAGAGGGAAGAGAAGAUGAAGCAGCGGCAAUGUGAAUUAGCACAGGGAAAGGCUACAAACACCAUCACACUUGCAUCAAACACUGUCAGAUGGGUCAUUGGUCCUACUGGGACCAUUGUUACAUUUUCGGAAGAUAUUGGUCUACCAACUUUAUUUGCUCCUGUACCGCAUAGUUACCCUCCCCCUCGUGAAAAAUGUGCGGGUCCAAAUUGCACGAAUUCAUACAAGUAUCGGGAUUCCAAGUCCAAGCUUCCCCUCUGCAGCCUCCAUUGUUACAGGGCAAUACACCAAAAGAUGCAUCCUCUAAUUGCCUGCUGAUGCCAUGCCAUCCGUUCUUCCCACAUAAUUUCUGUACAUUGUUGUUUGUCUGGUGAAGGUUGGGAUUAGGCAGGUAGAUCUUCAUGAUUUUGAAGAAAUACAGGCUGAAUAUUGUCACAUGGACUUAGCCUUGCAUCCCGGUCAAAACUGUUUCUCGAGAACUAAAUUUUAGGGGAAGGUGAAUGAUAUCAAUACAAAUGAAAACUAGCAGUUAAGAUUUUGGAUGCAAUUAUUUCAAUGAAGUGUUCGUUUCUUUUC